AUGGAACCCCAGAAGCUGGUGAAUGUAGGAUUUCUGCUGUGUUCCGUGAACUGCCUCUUGUUAGAGACUCUAGCUUCCCCCGCGUCACCUUUAUCUGCCUCUGAAACACAAGACGCAGCAGGAUGGAAACCACGGUCAAGGGGUGUGCUUGCCGUGAGGAUGAAUCUUCCCAUCACCUCCGGAAGACGUAAGAUUCAUGUCUCAGAAAAUCACAGGUCCUGGCUGAGCAACUUCAGGAAUUACUUGCAGGAUCACAUCAAGAACUCCACACCUUCAGCAGCCGUUUUUGCUUUUCUGAUCACCGCAACCAUGAUGGGGAUCCUCUGUUGCCUCACUAUUCUUGUAGGUGAACCAGUCCAAUGA